AAAAAUAAAACUAAUAGGAGAACUCUUAGAAACAGAACCAUUGUAACGGAAAACUCUACAAWCAGAAUGUCUACAAGAAGUAGAAAAAGUAAUAUUAAAGAUUUAAUUGAUGAAAAGGAUGAAAAUAAUCAAAAGGAAAAUAAGAGUCCUCUAAAAUCAAAGAAAAAAUCACGAAAGAAGUCAAUUAAUGUUGAAGAAAAGGAAGUUAAUGUAAAAAAAGGAAUCUAUGUCACACCAGUAAAUGCAAAAAAAGAGCUAAGAAGAUCCUCUCGAAAAAGUGUGAASUUUAAUGCUGAAGAUUGCGAAGCCUGUGAAGAAAGUAAAUUCACUCUUCCAAUGACACCGUAUAUUAGAUGUAGCAAAGGUAGAUUGAGCUUCUUACAAGAUAAUAAUACACCUAUAAAACCUCCUUCACCCAAUAGAGAUUUGAUUUCAUGGGAUACUCCAAAAAGUAAGUAAUAAGUUAAAUUAUUGAUUAUUAAAUACAUAUACUUAAUAAUUGUGUAAUAAUUUCAGCUCCRGUUASAGUAGUAAGAAGAUCCACGAGAAAUUUCACUAAACAUGUACUUUAAUAAUCAGUAUUGUAUAACUUUUGUACAUAUACUCUUUUACUUAUAGACUUACAUUAAACUUUUACUUAUCAAUAAUAUAAUUUUUUAUAAAUUUAUGUACACACUUAACUUUA